AUGUCACAAACUCCUGCCUGGAACACACAACAAUCAGGAAACGCGUUCGGAAGAACUUUUAACUUGUCAACGGCGACUACUUCGUCAUUGCCAACGUUUGGAACAGGUACUCCUUUCGGACAACCAAAGUUUGGAACUGGAUUAUCUUCAAGUUUUACCCCUCCUGCUUCUUCUGCACCGCGGUUUGGAUUUGGCCUUACUUCUGCAUCUUCCGGAAUAGGGACCGGACUUACGGGAUUUAAUCCUACACUUUUGGGAACAACACAAGGGGGUCUUGCGUCAGAAAUAGAAAAAACGCUCGUAAAAUUAACGCAAGGGGGACAACUGUCAGCUAAUAUUACAAAGGCAACCAAAUUUUCAGAACUUAAUGAACAAGAUCAAAAAAUAAUUACUGAUAUAGAGCAAUUCAUACAAAACCAAAAAAUAAUAAUGUCGAGUAUUGAAUCCACGCAUAUACCGGAUUUGAAUGAUUAUGUAAAAGAAGUUGCUGAUGAAUCUCGAGCUUUGUUUCAGAAAUUGAACGCCUUGAAGAAUGAACUACAAACUGCUCAUAAUCUAAUAAACGAACGAUUAAAGGAUCUAGAAGGACAAAUCGCAAUUGUGGAUAGUGGUAAACGGUUUUAUGAGGCUGCUUCCCAAGGUCAAACCGGAAACAUUUUACAACUUGGAGAUAAUGUGUUUUCAAAAUAUUAUCAUGACCUUGUAAAUUCCUUCGAAGAACGAUUGAGGCAAUAUACUACCACAAUUGAGGAAAUAGAUCGACAUUUUUCUUCGUUAUGUCAACAAGGAAGUGAAACCGAGAAUAAAGAUCUCGCUGCACUUAAUGAAUCUAUGCGUAGCCAACAUCAAAGUUUCAUGGCUGUUACUGGAAAGGUAGCAACAUUACAUGAAGAAAUAGAUAAACUUCGAGAAAAAUAUCUAAAUUUUCGAAGAGUUCAUUUUCAUGAUAAUUCUAACCCAUUUGAAGUACAAAAAGAGCCAAGUUCGAGAGGGACAUCCUCUGAUGAAAGAAAGCCAGCACAAGAGUUGGCAAAAAAUCUUCCAGUAAUAACAUCGGCAGCUCAACUUAAUCAAUUAAAGCCACCUAGUCAAAUUGAUUUAAUCAAACCGGCACCUCAACCUAAUAUGUAUGUCCAGCCGAGCCAAUCUAGCUUAUUUGGCCAAACAAGUCAACCUGGCCUUUUUGGCCAAUCAUCGCAACCGAGCCUAUUUAAUUUAAAUCAGCCCAAACCAUCAACCUUAUUCGGUCAAACUACACAAUCAAACUUAUUCAACCUCGGUCAAACAAAACCAAAUUUGUUCGGUCAACAAAGUCAACCAAGCUUAUUUGGUCAAACUAGCCAACCCAGUAUGUUUGGUCAAUCAAGCCAACCAAGUUUAUUUGGUCAAUCAAGCCAACCCAGUAUGUUUGGUCAAUCAAGCCAACCAAGUUUAUUUGGUCAAUCAAGCCAACCCAGUAUGUUUGGUCAAUCAAGCCAACCUAGUUUAUUCGGUCAAUCAAGCCAACCCAGUAUGUUUGGUCAAUCAAGCCAACCAAGUUUAUUUGGUCAAUCAAGUCAACCUAGUUUAUUCGGUCAAUCGAGUCAACCUAGUUUAUUUGGUCAAUCAAGUCAGCCAAGUUUAUUCGGUCAAUCAAUUUCAUUUUCAGAACUUUUACAUUAUAAAAAGGUUAUAAUUAAAGAAUUGCAAAAGUGGCUUAAAAAUAAUCGUAUUACAAUUAGAGAUAAAAUUUCUACAGCAUUUGAUAAAUUGAGAACUAAUAUGCCAGUAGAAUCAGUUACAGAUAAUAUUGAAUAUAUAUUUUCUCAAACCCAAAAUUCUGUUAAAGCUUGUCAUAGAAGAUGGGAGACAUUAGUAGGGGACUCCUCUACGAGUUAUGAUGAACUUAAUUUUGCAGAAAACGCAUGGAAGAAUUAUUUCAACUUAUUUGAAAGUGAGGUUAUCGCAACAGUGAUAAUUUCAUUUUUAAUGCAUGAAAUUGUUUAUUUCGGACGUUGCUUCCCAUUUAUGAUUGCUGACUUCAUACCAGGUUUCGCUAAAUACAAGUUACAACCGAACAAGGUUAAUACAGUUGAAGAACAAUGGGUUUGCUUGAAAUCUGUAUUAAAGGCUCAUUUUCUAAUAGAAUUACCAUUGAUUUUUGCAUUCCAUCCCGUGGCCACAUUUUUUGGAAUGGAUAUUACCAAAGUACCAUUUCCACAUUGGCAAACUAUGUGUUAUCAAAUAGCAAUUUUUUUCGUGUUUGAAGAUACUUUUCAUUAUUGGUUUCAUAGAUUGUUACACUAUGGACCAUUCUAUAAAUAUAUUCAUAAACAACAUCAUGAAUAUUCCGCACCAUUUGGCUUAACGGCGGAAUAUGCUCAUCCUAUUGAAGUACUUAUCUUGGGUACUGGUACGAUUGGAGGUCCUUUGGCAUACAUAGCAAUCACAAAUAACCUACAUCUCAUAACUGUUUUUAUUUGGAUCAGUUUAAGAUUAUUUCAAACUAUUGAUGCUCAUUCAGGUUAUGAUUUCCCUUGGUCCUUAAGACAUUUCUUACCAUUUUGGGCAGGGUCGGAGCACCAUGAUUAUCAUCAUAUGGCUUUCGUUAAUUGUUUCUCUACAUCAUUUAGAUGGUGGGAUCAUUUAAUGGGUACUGAUCUAAAAUAUCAAGCUUAUAGAAAAAAGAAAGAUGACGAAUUAAAAGCUGCUUCAACUUCUAAUAAUAAGAAGAUUAAUUAG